AUGGCCAUGUCGUUGCUGAAUAUACCAGCUCCAUGCUCCUGUUGUUUGAAUGACGCGAUAAAGGUUAGAGAGGAUAUGAUAGGGGGGUCGAAGGCGGAGAGUGGAUGUAUAGUGGAGAUAGAGUUCGCGGAGGAGGAGGAAGAAGCCGAGGAGAGAGGAGAAAGAGAGAAAUGGGUAAUAGCUAGAAGAGGAUUAGUGGAGAUUGUUGGGAUGAAAGGGGGAAGGAUAUAA